AUGGGAAAUCUAAUCACACUUAAGUCAAAGCCUGACCAGGAGGUUCGAAUUUUACUUCUCGGUCUGGACAAUGCCGGAAAAACGACUAUUCUGAAGCAUUUGGCAUCAGAAGAUAUUUCUCAAACAACUCCAACACAAGGCUUUAACAUCAAAAGCGUUCAAUCACAAGGCUUCAAGUUAAAUGUUUGGGAUAUCGGUGGACAGCGGAAAAUUAGACCAUACUGGAGAAACUAUUUCGAAAACACCGACGUUUUGAUUUACGUAAUUGACAGCGCGGACAAGAAGAGAUUUGAGGAGACAGGCGAAGAAUUGUCAGAGUUGUUGGCAGAAGACAAACUAGUGGGAGUGCCUUUCAUCGUUUUUGCAAACAAACAAGACUUGCUUACUGCGGAGCCCGCGGAUAAAAUCUCCGAUGGUCUUGGUCUGUUGACGAUUCGCGAUAGACCGUGGCAAAUACAGGGUUGCUCUGCUUUGACAGGAAAAGGCAUACAGGAAGGAAUGGAGUGGGUAAUCAAAUCCGUGAAUACCCGCGGAAAACUGAAAUAG